AUAUCCAGCAAGUCGCAUAUGGAAUUUUCAACCGUCAUCUACUCAAUUUCAACCGUGAAGGAUUACAAUACCAGCCCGUCGCGGUGGGAUCUCACAGUAUUGCAGCAGAAGCACGAUUUAUCCAAGAAGAGGUAGACAGGAUUCAUCUUGAGGAUCGAGGUAGGGGAGAAAGUUUAAGUUCAGUAAGUAGAGCAACGAUACCGCUGUACACGUUUACGGCAUUAACUUUUCUUCAUCCGACAGGUGGCAAUUAUGACAAGAACGAAUGCCAAUGUUCGUUUUUUAGUUGAUGCAUUGACGAGAAGAAAUCGCCUAGGUGGUGAAUACUGUCCCAUCAGAGUUAUGGUGGGUAUCAUAACCGACGCAGCAUUUUUUCCAAUCACUAACAUUCCUUCAUGAGACAGGGUCUGGAAAACAUAGAUAUUUGCAGCAAUGAGGCUUUGGAUAUUCUCUCGUUUCUUGGCGCAAUUCAGAAUCCCAACCUACAUCAUCUUGUCGAAAGAUCUUUGGUAGUCUUUUCGAAAUGCAGGGACGUGAUGGAGCCGGACUACGAAAAUUUACCGGGACCUGAUUCGAUCGACCAUUACAUCAAUGCAUUGGAGGACGAUCCCAGACGAUUCCCCAUGUCUGACCACCAUCGACAAUACCUCAGUCUAUUGCGAAGGCUCAGCGCUUGGAUCAAUAUGCGGGGAGGGCUAAUACAUGAGGCGGUGAAGUCGUUACUGGAAGAAUUGCAAUACAAAGAAAGAGUCCUUCGAACACGACUAGCUCCAGACGGAUCGCCUUCUCCGCCUCCAAACUUCGACGUCAAUCACAAUGCACCACAUCCAUCUUCUGAUUAUGCAGGAGCACGCUGGCAGAACGUCAGAUCUCUUUUGAUCCGAUUGGAAGAUUUCGAUGAUCGUAUUACGAAUGACAUUCAUCCGCUCGAUCUAUUCCUGCGCGAAUGUCAUGCUUAUGCUCCUGAACAGCUAGCUUACCUUCCCAGAGAACCAGAGAGGGAGGUUACAAUCUCAACGAUGCAUUAUGGGAUCGGUUCAGAAUAUGAUGUCGUCUUCAUCAGUGGGUCGGAAAAAGGAUCGCUUCCCUGUCCAGGCUGUCGAACUGAUGCAGAUAUACAACAAGACAAGGCUUUGUUUCAUUUGAGCAUGCUAUGUGCUCGUAAACGAUUAUACUUUGGCUUUCUUCAAGAUCACGGUUUAACAUCUUUUCUCGAUAAUGUCUAUUUGUUGUUGCACUUCCGUCGUCAGGUGCAAGAGUAAAUUGUCCAAUGCAUACAUAAUUCCCAUGAUGAAGAUACUUGUGUCGAUCUGGAUGUCCGGCUGAAAGAUGAUACCGUACUACAAUCAAGAUGCGAGCCACUGACGUGUAAAUAGAUAUGUGGUCAUAAAUGGAAAGCCGUUCAAACCUAAUCAACUCAAAGUGAUCACCGAUGGAGGCCAAACUUUAUUUUUUUACCCAUCGACCAUUUCCUGACUUUAGGCAUUGUG